GUUGUUCUCUUAUUUUUUUUAUAUUUUAUUUUCGAAGGAUAAGUACAUAAAAAUCAAAAAGAUACGAUUGUGUUAGGCCAGCUCAACGGUUUAGGGUUCGCGAUAUGUUCCAAUAAACUAAGUGUGUGUUUGGGCCCCUACUGUUUCGAUAGCUGGUUGAAUGGAUAAAUGUUCACAGUUCAACCUCUGUAUAUAUAUUGACGGCUUGCUGGAUUUGUGUCAAGUCAUUAAAGCUGUUAAUUUCCAACACUGAAGCCAAGAGAAUAGACGUUCACGACACUGUUCCGAACGUCAAUUACAUAUCCUUUGUUUCAGCAGUUUAUAAUCAAAGUGGGCACUUGAGUUUAACGUCCACUUCGAGUCAAGGUCAAAUUCUUAACUUUUGAAAAUACGGAACACUUCAAUUAUUGUUAAAACAGUCUAUUAUAACGAAGUACAAUGGCGAAUUCUGAGUGCUCAAAUCAGUUUGUGAGGAACGUGAUGGUACUGAAGAAGGACACCUGCUCGGUGCGCGAGCUAAUCAAUUGGGUUAACGACGAGAUGCAAUGCGAUGUGAAGGAGCUAUCAGAGAUGAAGACAGGCGCAAUUUAUUGCCAAUUUAUACAUAAACUGUUUCCAACUUCCAUAUCGCUGAGCAAAGUUUAUUUGCAUACAAAUGCCCCUUAUGAGAUCGAAGCAAACUUCAAGCUUAUACGCAGCACAUUUUCCAAGCUGAAUAUCCGCAAGGAGGUACCACAGCGUGAACUUGUAAAGGGACGCGGACACUAUGAGUUUCUUAACUGGCUGCACAAGUUCCACAAGCAGAACCAUAAUGGUGAACCCUACGAUGCACUCGGUGAGCGUAAAGACAAACCGAUCGGCUUGAGAAGGAUUAUAGAUCUGGAUCGACGCAUCGAUUACUCAGGCUAUCUGAGACGCAGCACCACAAUAGUUUCUUCCUUUAAUACACACAAGCAAAUGGAUUUGGCGCCUCGUUCACACAGCCUGAUUGGCAUCUGUGCAAAGCCGGAUAAGCAUAGAAAUGUUGGGCUUUUUAAAAACAAAGUAACACCGGAUAAGCUUAAGGCCAAGGCCAAAGGCACAGGUCAAAAAACAGCCAAUCACGCUGCUAUGGAUAAGCCAGUCCUUCCCGAAGUGGAAGCAGUUGUUGGAAAUAAAGUAGAAGAGGAAGCCGUUCGCGACAUUGAUCUGAGCCAUACGCAGCCGGCUUGUGAAUCAGAUCAACCGAAUACAGAAACAUUUAAAGGAAAACCAGAGCUCAGAGUUGGAGUGAAGCCUAAACCAACUCAGGCGAUGUCUGAAAUCGAAAAAAUUAAAUCGGAGCCAGCUCGCAAGGAAUCGGAGCCAGUUCCAAUGAGAUCGGAAGCAGUUCAAAAGAAAUCGGAACCAGUUCCAAAGAAAUCGGAACCAGUUCCAAAGAAAUCGGAACCAGUUCCAAAGAAAUCGGAACCAGUUCCAAAGAAAUCGGAACGAGUUCCAAAGAAAACGGAGCGAGUUCCAAGGAAAUCGGACCCAAUUCCUAAGAAAUCGGAGCCAGUUCCAAGGAAAUCGGAACCAGUUCCAAGGAAAUCGGAACCAGUUCCAAUUAAAUCAGAGCCAGUUCAAAUGAAAUCUGAACCAGUGCCAAUUAUAUCUGAACCAGUUCCAAUUAAAGCAGAACAAAUUAAUGUAAAACAAGACCCAGUUGAUGCAAAGCUGGAACCAGUUAAAAUAGAAGCUGGCUUGCUUAUCCAAUCGAAAAUGAAGCCAGCCGAAAAACCAGAACCAGUUAACUUGUCACCGUCAAAACAUGUUUAUUUUAAACGAAUCCAACGUAAAGAAAAUACUACGCCACCACUUAAUAUAAAGCCAAAACAAGGUUGCAUAAAUUUGAAACGCAUAAUUGGAACAUCUCAACAAAUGGCUUCUGAAAUAAAUCUGGUCAGUUGUGAACCAGUUCAUCCAUUAGAAUUAAUACCAGUAUCACCGGUAUCUAUCAAACGAGUGCACGUGGCAGAUGCGCUAAUAUCUCCGCAAGAAGCCAAUCUGAAAAUAGUUUCUCAGCAAACUAAACCAUCCGUUUUUGAUCCAUAUUUGUUACUAUCUGAAACAGCAGCUCAGCAGCCUGCUUGUGAAAUAGCUUCACAAGUCCAAGAUAAAGUAAAUUAUAGUCCUAAGCUUUUUGCAGAUAAGCCAGUUGCUCCGAAGUUAUUCGCUCAUUCUAAUAGUGCGCAAAGUAGCACUAUCGACAAAUCAAAAGUCCCGGCUUCAUCUCGGUCUGAAUAUGAAACAAUUGAUUCGGUGACCGCCUCGCUGAACGCAGGGACGUCGAAGCGUGUUACCUUGAGUCCAACACUGAUGGCAAAAGCUCAGAAGAAAUCACAUCUACGCCCUGAUGCACUCAAUGUGAAAUCUCCAUCAAUUGCAGAAAUUGCGCAUGUUAAUUAUAAACCAACCGUGACGAUUAUUAAGCAAAACUCUAUCAAAUCUCCGUUGACAGUUCAAGAACCAGUUCGCUCAUCGCUAGAAUUACCGCCUGCAUUAAAGGCACAGUUAUACCGUGAGCCAGUUUCACUACUGCACAAGCCAGCCACACCUCCAGCUAUAGUUCCAGGAUCUCAUAAAGCUAAUAACCGAUCAGCUACUCCGGAACUAUUAGCACAUGAGGCUGAAUAUUUUCCAGGCUCUGACCUCUCCCUUCCAAUUUACGGAAGCGCAGGUGUGUUAAUAGUGGAGCGGCCGAUCUUAAAAUACGAACGUGCUUACUCGGACGGAUGCAAAUAUGUAGAACUGCCAUCGGAUUCAGACACGGACGAUGAGGAAGAUGAUCGUAUUUGGAACAUGCGUCGUCAGAUCGCACUUUUGAAGGACAAGCUCGUCACAGUUGAGUGUAUUCUAAUGAAAUACUGCGGCAAUUCGCGUGUAGUGAUCAAAAAGCUAAAACGCUAUCUGCGAAAACAGCAAGCAGAUGAACCAUUCGUUCUCGGGAAUCUAAAAAAAUAAUGUAGUUUU